CAGUACUGCAGUAACGUUAGUAGAAUUUAUUAUUCUCCGCUCCGAUGAGAUGACACUCAAGUAAUUAGUUGGUUCAGUGCAGUGUGUUGAUGGUUGGGUUGCUUAGCUAGACCCGGGUGAAGUAUUACUACUAGUAGUAUUACUAGUAGUAGUGCAUGUUCUUCCAGCGGUUUGGACGACACAGGACUCCGAACAGAUAGCAGAAUGCAGCAGUCAAGGCAACAGGGCAGAGCCGGCGUGACGCCGUAUGAUCAGCCGCAGCAACAGCUACUCCCCCGGCAAGCACUAAUCUCCCAGCAACAACCAUUCCCCCAGGAAUUCAUAAUCCUCCAGACACAACACCAGCAGCAGCAACUGCCGCUGCAGCAACAGCAACUGCAGCCACAACUACUCCGCCAGCAACAACACCCGCAGCAGCAACUACAGCAACAACUACUCCGCCAGCAACAAGACCCGCAGCCACUGGCAGAUCCACAACUAGUCUACCAUACACCAGUCUCUACGCACCUGCAGCCGCAGCAGCAGCAGCAGCAGCUGGUCUACCAGCCGCAGCAGCAGCAGCAGCAGCUGGUCUACCAGCCGCAGCAGCAGCAGCAGCUGGUCUACCAGCCACAACAACAGCAGCAACUGGUCUACCAGCCACAGCAGCAGCAGCAACUGGUCUACCAGCCACAACAACAGCAGCAACUGGUCUACCAGCCACAACAACAGCAGCAACUGGUCUACCAGCCACAACAACAGCAGCAACUGGUCUACCAGCCACAACAGCAGCAGCAACUGCACCAUCAGCGACUGCAGCAACAGCAAGAGCACCAACAGCAACAGCAACUGCAACUGCAGCAACAGCAACAACCGUGGCAACAACAGCAGAGGCAACAACAACAGCCGCAGCAACAUCAGCCGCAGCAGCAACAGCAGCAGGUCGACCAGCCGCAGCAACAACAACAGCAGCCUCAGCAACAACUUUCCAAUGAUGUUGUCUCUGAGCAACUGGUAGGGGCACAACAGGAUUUGGAAGAGAAGGAAGAGCUACCGCAGCUCACCGAGGAGCAGGAAGGGAUUGUGAGCAAAGCGCUUGCCCACUCUGGAUCCCAGUCUCAAGUACUCUCCAAGGCCUUCAACAUCGAUCUGACGCGUGCUCACAUCGGCACGCUCUCUGGUUCUAGAUGGCUCAACGAUGAGGUCAUCAAUUUCUAUUUCAAGAUGAUCGCUGCACGUAACGACGCAGAUGAGGACCUUCCGUCUGUGCACGUCAUGUCGUCGUUUUUCUACUCCAAACUCCGGUCCGAGAGCAAUGGCAGCAGAGACAGCAUCAGGCGAUGGACGAGGACGGUGGACAUCUUCUCAAAGGAUCUAGUCGCUAUUCCUAUGAAUUUGGGAAAGCACUGGUGCUUGGCAAUGAUCGACUUCCGUGCAAAGACCCUUACUUGCUACGAUUCUCUGCUCCGUGAUAACUCACAGUGUUUGACUAGUCUUCGCAAGUACAUCCAGGACGAAAGUAAAGCUAAGAAGAACACAGAGCUUGAUUUGAGUGACUGGACCUUUGGCCAGGCUAUGGCUAUCCCAAAGCAGACGAAUCAAUGGGAUUGCGGUGUGUUCACCUGUACAUAUGCGGCGUAUCUUACCAGAGGCAAGUCCUUGUCAUUUUCACAGGCUGACAUCGCAUACUUUCGCCGUCGCAUGAUGUACGAGAUUCUCAGCCAGAAGCUCAUGUUGUGAUGCGGUUCUGCCGUCUCCUUCAAUGGGUCGGCGGCAGACGUGACGGUGUUGUUGCAACUCUGCAUUCUCUACCUGCUACCAGCCCCGUGCCAUCUCCACCCUCAGACAAUGGACAACGAGAUAACCACAUUUGAAAGACUAUAAUUUGGAAAUCACUUACUUGUACUUCCUGUGAAAUAUCCGUCUUUUCUUUUCUCUAUUUAUUCUCUUUACCAGGCGUGGGCCAUCCCCUGGACCAUUAAAAUGGGUGCCUUAUUAUUUUUUUCUGUUUCUGACUAGACGUACGACAAUGAGUACAAAAAAAAACAAAAACAAAAAACACGGCGCGUACACAAAAUAACGUACUACAACAAUGUCCCCAUGUCCCAGCGGAGGGAGGUCACGAGUUUGGUGCCGGAGGUCGUAUUGCCGGGUAGACCUCGGCCUUCCACUGUGCAUCAGCAUCUUGAAAUGCGUGGUGGUUGACAGCAUCCGGCAGAAGUUACGAUGGCAGCUGAGAGAGCGGGGUUUGGACGUUGUGACCCAUCAGCAAUUCGGCAGGACUAUAGCGACAGUGUGCCAGGG